CUGAAAGCCCCUUUAGCGCUCGAAUUAAGUUAUUCAGCUUCGACCCUUAGUUCGUAAACAGACAAACGUCCACAACUAAUUUCCUAUACGAGUAAACUUCACGUCACAUCGUAUGUUUAAUCGGUACAAUUUGAAUAAUGGCGCAGACGUCAGCGGCAGUCGCGCGCGCCGCAAUGUUGUACAAACAAGCCGACCGUUUUACAAACAUCCGAGAAGCUGUAAUUUCACUCUCUUAAACUAGACCUAUUAUAAAACGGGGUGACGGUGUGUUUUCAGUCGAUCAACGGAUUUUACCUAGAUUUUUGUGUUAUAAAAAAAACUAUUUAAAAAGUUAUUAGGGAUUUUCGCUGGCUUUAAUUUACUUUAUAUAAUAAGCAGAUUUUUAGUGUGAUUUUAUUCUUACUUGAUUUUGUUUUGUAAAUAAAAAGUUCUGAAUCAUACGUCGUUUUUAAGGGCAAGAAAUUUAGCCCGUAGAAUCACAGAAUUUCCGCCUUUUUUUUCAAGUUCCUAAGUUAGACUAAGUAAUUAAAAAGUGAUGGGGGACUUCAGAGUGCGAGGGCUGUUUAACGUGUUGAUGACGAGCCUAACAGUGGGGGUGAUGGGGACGAAGCUGGGGAUGUGCCCCGUGUACCCGCAGCAGCCGAACUUCGAAAUACAAAAGAUGACAGGUACAUGGUACGAAGUAGAACGCUCCUUCUACUUGAUGGAGAUGACCGCCAGCUGCACCGAGCUGCAUGUGACACUGAACGAACGAGGGUACUACCUCAUCGCCGUCACCACUGUCAACAGAUGGACAGGAUCGCCAGCCACAACCUACGGCGUGGGCAUCCCGAGCCACAACGGCUCCUCCUCCUUCCGCUACAAGCUGAACAACCGCAUGCCCUACAUCAUAGGACGAAUGUUGCCAGGCGCGGGACAGUACAGUAUACUGUUCACCGACUACGAGCACUUCGCCGUCGUGUGGUCCUGCACGUCCGUGUCCAUCAUGCACAACGAUCGCUUUUGGGUGUUGGGGCGGCGACGCGAGCUAAGUGCGGAGCUGCGCGCCAACAUAUACGCACUGCUGCAGGAACUGCGGCUCGACCCCGACCGGCUGCUGCUAUCCAAGAACAACAAUUGCGUGGACACCCCCGACCAAAUAUUAAAGUAAUACUUCUAACAGAUGUUUUAUUUAUA